AUGGCUUGCCCUGAAGAGCAGUGGGAGCUUCGGGCUCCAAGGCGUCGAAAGCGUAAAUUCCCACGACGCGUCAGCGACAAGUGGUUGCGUGGACCGGUCCCUGAUAGAUAUGAUUUGUCGGAAGCUCAGCGAGCACUUAAGAUUCUUGCAGAUGCGAAUAUAGAGAAGUGCCUCGACGAGUUGGUAAGCAACCGGCAGAACACAGCUUGCGAAGCGCCAGUGCUACGCAACAGGACGCUGAGGCGGUUGAACAAACAAUGGAGCUCCCUGCAGAGUUAUGCGCGCUCUCAGAUACAAGGUGACAUUGACAAGGAAUUUGGGCCAAACAUCAACAUGCAGCCUCUGAACCCGGAUGUUGAAGUCAAGCAGCGAUUCUUUGAAGCCCGCCGGACUCUGGAACACACCACGACAUUGACAUAUCAUGGAACCAAAGCGGCGAACAUUGAUUCCAUCUCUCGCAUCGGUCUCCUGAUGCCCGGCAAGGAUGGGCACAAGGUUGCCAAUGGAUCCGCUCACGGAGUUGGCAUCUACACGGCCAAGUUGGGCUCUCCAGGCUUGUCCAAGAACUUCUGCGACUCCUGCAAGAUGUUUGUUUGUGCGGUCUGCGACUCGAGCCAGCCCGUGACCGAACCAGAUGUCAAGUUGGAGACUACCUGGAAGCCUUCGACAACAGUUGUCCAGACAAAGUUUCCGAAAAGGCCGACAGCUGUGAACAAACAUCCUUCGGUCAAUCGGCUUGGGAGGCAUGACGUGGUGCGGCGAUCUGAUCAAGUUCUGCACGUGGGCAACGCAGUUGUGACCUUUGAAGAAGGCUGUGUUGUUCCUCUGUUCCUCCUGUCCUGGGCUCCAGAGACAGAGCCUGAAGAGGAAGAGGAGGCUCCUGCGAAGCUAGCGCCAUUUGUGCCAGAUAAGCUUGUGCUGAGACAUCACGCCUGGGAGCCGCAGGAUCAGGCCUGGGCUCUGCCGCAGCAAGUGGGGCGUCGCCGUUUUGCAGUGCCAGAAACAGAGGAGGCGCAGCUCAUCCAGUUCGGGGAUGACCAUGACCCUGUCCACCCACGAAGAGGUCGCACUGUGUGGAUGGUUUCAGACCCUUUCGAGGGAACAACCUCCGGAGAUAGAUGGGUGAAGAGGAGGAUGCUGGAGCGAAAGAGGCACAUUCAAAGAAGGCAAGCGCGGCAAAGUAAGGAAGCUAAGCUCGAGAGAUUCUGA